AAUUUGAAGAUAGAAAAAGUUGAACUUACUUCUGAUCACAAUAAUAAAACAAUUGAUUCUGAGGAAGAAACAGAAAAUAAGAGUAAAAAACAAAAACUCAAUGAUUCUAUAGCAAUUCAAUUUAUAGUUUUAUUAACUGAUAUGGCCACAGAUAUCAAUUACGAUUUCAAAUUAUUGGAGAUUUCAGAAACUAUCAGAAAAGCUAUUAAGGAGAUGUGA